AAAAGAAACAAAACUGAGUUAUUUGUCGUGAGGUGGAUGGACCUAGAGACUGUCAUACAGAGUGAAAGAAGAGGCAGAUGCACUACAUGAAUAUCUGAAUGAGCUGAAAGCAGACUCGGCCAUGGGGGAUCAAGACACACUCCAGCAAGACCAGCUGGACAGGAAGAGGUUUCUGGAGGAGUUUCCUCGGGUGAAGCAGGAGCUUGAGGAGGGCAUAAAAAAGCUCCAUGCACUUGCAGACAAGGCUGACAAGGUCCACAGGGACUGCACCAUCUCCAACAUUGUGGCCAACUCCACUGGCGCUGUGUCUGGUGUCCUGACCAUCCUUGGCCUGGCUUUGGCACCCGUGACAGCGGGGGCGAGUCUGGGACUCUCUGCCACUGGGUUAGGGCUGGGAGCAGCGGCUGCCGUGACCAGUGUGUCCACCAGCAUCGUGGAAUGUGUAAGCACGUUGGCAGCAGAAACCGAAGCCAGUCGCCUUACGUCAACUGCCAUCAACGAAGAGGUGUUUGAGGGGGUUGUACGUAACAGCACAGCCCAGUUUUCUUCCUCUACAGGGAGAGUCUUCCGAGCCGUGCAAGACAUUGAGAACAACGUCCGUGCCAUCAAGUUGGCCAAAGUCAACCCUGACUUAGCAGCCAGGGCUAACCGCUUCAUGACCACUGGGCAAGUCUCAGUCAAAGGCAGCAAGCAGGUGCAGAAAGCUUUUGGAGGCACGGCACUGGCAAUGACCAAAACGGCCCGGAUUGUGGGUGUGGCCACCGCAGGUGUCUCCCUUCUGAUGGAUGUGGCCUUCCUGGUGAAAGAGGCAAAGCACUUGUAUGAGGGGGCAAAGACGGAGUCGGCUGAAAGGCUGAGGCAGCUGGCCCGGGAGCUGGAGAAGAAGUUGGAGAUGCUCACCCAGAUCUAUGAGAGUCUGCAGUAGGGCCUGAGUCAGCCACACCCCCGAGCUGUGCAGGGACCAGGGACACGUGCAGGGCCAAGGUGCAGAGACACCUAGUUAGAGGGAAAAAGAGAGUGAGAUAAAAAGAUAAAAGAGGGGAAGC